UGCUGUUUGGUCAUAUCAACGGCGACCUCUGAACUGAGUGGAGAAACACUGCGCUGAAGUACAGUAACCAUGUCGAAGCCAUGGCUUUCAGUAUACUAUGGCUGUAAAAUGCAUCUCCCGACGGACCGCUCACGGAAAGCCUCUUUCCCCUAUUUUGACAAUAUCACAAGGCGAAGCCCUCAUCGAGAUCUCCUCGGGCGUCCUGUCAAUUUUGCCCGGUUACCAUGCAUUCACUGUGCGGUCCAUUCAUUCUCUUCUCAGAAGCCUCUGCAGGCGGACGCAGGGGACCCGGUGGCUCCGCGUGCUCAUAGUGUUUGCGCUCACGUUCGAUUUUAUCUCCCGGCGUAUUUCUGUCUUAUCUGCUCUCUGCUCUCGAUAGCGGCCGACGUAGCACGCUCUAUAACCAGACCGGAACAGGCCAUCUACCGCUGUGCUGCGCAGGAAUCCAUGCUCACGACGAUAGAAGGUCGGUCUCGUGAUCCCCACCGCAACUUCACACCCAGUCCUUCCAUAGACUCUACUUACCCUCUAUAGCACCGUGCCUUAUCGACCGUAGACAAGUAUCGAUUACCCAUGCUGGCCCGCCCGUCGUUUGACAAGAAGCAAGCGUCGAACAUAUCGAGCUGCGCGCCCGUCGCGCCCCCCUUUCCCAACAACAGACCCGGCAUGUGUACUGUCUCCGCCCGCACUGCUAUAUCCGGAACCCUUCCCUUCCUCUGGCUCUGGCGACUGUAUAUAAGAAGGUAUGAAGGACGCCCUGAUCUCCCUCAGGCCAAGGUAUACUCUCCUUCGCAGCCUUCACUUUCAUUAUGGUUUCGUUCCUUACUACUUUUGCUGCUGCCGCUCUUUCCUUUGCAUGCGCCCGCGCUGCGCCGCUUGACGGCCUCAGUCAGCGUGCGCGCGAUAUCCUGGGUCGUGCUGCCCCUGCAGCUCCUCGUUUUGUUGUGUAUGGAGACACGACGGCGACCCC